AUGGCACUUCAGAAGAUAUUUCUGGCGUGCUUUGUAAGUGUUUGUCAUUCACAGGUCACAGAACUGUAUGGUUACCGUCAGUACUUACAGGAACUUGACUUGAGAGAGAAGACAUCGCGGUAUCUUGGCUACACCCAGCAGGAAUACAGUCCGCUGGGGUGUGUGCUGUGGUGUAAUCACCGACCGAGCUGUUGGUCUGUGUUGUCCUGUCCUCAGCUUGCCAGCAGCAAUCCUCAGAAACACAACUGUCUUCUGCUGGAAGAGCUGGCGAAAACAUCACCUGUCAUCACAGAGAGUAACUUGACCACGUGCAGUUUCUACUCUAUGAAAAACCGUUGUGUUAAUGGUGGAACGGUUGUUAACGAUGCAUGUGUGUGCAAUGAUGGUUUUUAUGGUCUCCAUUGUGAACAGUUCUACAGAGACUGCAGUGAUGCCUACAAUGAUGGUAUGAGGGGACUUCACUUGCUGUACGUCAAACCAGACGGACUCUUCGUUCCCUUGAUGGUCAAGUGUUACUUGGAGUAUGGCGGCUGGACAGAGAUUGCUCGUCAGGAUUCCGACUGUACUGUGAAUCACAAUCGCACGUGGGCUGAAUACAAAUCUGAGUUUGGUGAUGCCAACUUAUGUAACUGGCGCGGACUCGACUUUAUUCACCACUUCACGAAGGAAGGCACUACUAUCCUAGAUGCAGUCGUUAUCAACGAGGCGGGCAUUAGAACACAUGCCUAUUAUGACAACUUCAGGAUCCGAAACGAAACGGACGACUAUUUGAUGCACUACGACGGUUACAGACCAUUCACCAGCAAGCCAGCUGAAGAUGGAUUUGGAUUUGGUGGCAGUACCUUACAGGCCAAAGAUCAACCGUUUGUCACAUACGACCGUGAUAGGAACAACUGCGCUCUGGACACAGGAACUGGAUGGUGGUUCAACUCUGGAUGCGCAAGCGUAAACCUCCAUCUGAAGCUACAGGCGCAGGUGCCUCAGGGGUCUGCUUAUGCCCAGUGGCCUGUGAAUCUCAGUUUACGCCCAAUCACUGGUUAUGUUCUCCAAAUCAAGCGGACAUAACUUUUAUCUGCAUCUUGAACUGUGAUUCAAGCAACUCUUAAGGUAGAGAGACAUUGGCCCUUUGUCGGAUUCGUAAGUGUUAAAGGCUCAUCGUGUACAUUGCCACAUUACCCAAUUGCUAUUUUUUGUUAAAUACUAAGUCGCUACAACGUUUAGUCUUUGGCUAAUAAAUUUUCUUUAAAUUAACCAUUUUUAAUAGCUUUCUUUGGAAAUGCUCGACAUAUCUCAAAAUUGGCUAAACAGAAAUGGUUCCAGUGUGAGUCCGCCCUAGUGUUGAACGUCAACAGCUGGUUUUCAAAAACUAAUCAAUGACCAAUCUAAUCGGGCAUGUGAGU